AUGGGGGCAGUGUUAGGUGCCUUCACUGUCUCACAGCUGGCUUGUUGCUGUGGCAGUGCAGCAUGCAGCCUAUGCUGCUCUGCAUGCCCAUCAUGCAAGAACUCAACAUCUUCUCGCAUCAUGUAUGCUUUGAUGCUUUUGGUUUUUACAAUCAUCUGCUGCAUCAUGUUGACCCCAGGACUUCAGGCUCAACUCAUGAAAGUUCCAUUCUGUGAUGGAAAUCCAAAUGGCUGCAAAGAUUUGGUUGGCUAUCUUGCAGUGUAUCGAAUAUGCUUCAUUGUCUGCCUCUUCUUUGUUCUCAUGGCACUGCUAACAGUUGGGGUUAAGUCCUCCAAGGACUAUCGAGCUGGAAUACAGAAUGGAUUUUGGGGUCUCAAGUACUUGAUUGUCAUUGGUGGAUGCAUUGGUGCCCUCUUUAUCCCUCAUGGAGCAUUUGGAACAACCUGGAUGUAUUUUGGGAUGAUAGGUGGCUUCCUCUUCAUAUUGAUUCAGCUUAUACUCAUUAUUGAUUUUGCCCAUUCCUGGGCUGAGAGCUGGGUGACCAAAUAUGAGGAAACUGAAUCAAAGGGGUGGUAUUGUGCUUUGCUCAGCUUCACCUUCUUGCAUUAUGCUAUUGCAUUUGCUGCAGUCAUUUUAUUCUACAUCUUCUACACCCAGCCCCAUGCCUGUGGCCUCCACAAGUUCUUCAUCUCAAUCAACAUGAUCCUUUGCAUCAUUAUCAGCAUUGUAAGCAUUCUACCACGUGUGCAGGAGGCUCAGCCAAAAUGUGGCCUGCUUCAGAGCUCCUUUGUCACAUUGUACAUCAUGUAUCUCACAUGGUCAGCAAUGAGCAACCAGCCUGACUGCAACUGCAAGCCUAGCUUUACAUCUGGGUCCUGUAAUUCGAAGUCCCCGACAUUUGACACUCAGAGCAUCAUUAGCCUCAUAAUCUGGUUUGGAUGUGUUUUGUACUCAACUAUUCGUACAGCUACAUCUUCACAAGCAGCCAAACUUGGUGUGGCUCAGACUGUCCUAGUCAAAGAUGAUGGGAGUGGUGGGAGUGAUGAUGGGGGAGAGAAUGGAGGCCAGAAAGUAUAUGACAAUGAAGAGGAUGGAGUUGUAUAUACAUGGUCUCUCUUCCAUGCUAUGUUUAGCUUGGCCACUCUUUAUGUCAUGAUGACUCUUACCAACUGGUAUUCCCCUGGUGCUGACCUGACCACUUUGUCAGCCAAUGAAGCAUCUGUCUGGGUGAAGAUUGUCUCUGCUUGGCUAUGCCUCUUAAUCUAUGGCUGGACCCUGAUUGCCCCAAUUCUUCUUCCUGAUCGUGAAUUUUCUUAA